UGCGAGCAUCAUUGAAAUAACAACACAAUUGCUAUACUGCAUACCCGCAUCGCUGUCAACAUCUUGAUACUACUCAACGCUUAGCAUUGUCCAGAAAGCGGCUUCCCUAGGUACUGCCGGAUUACCAGGAACAAAAGUGGUAUAAGGAGAGGAGGGAGGCAAGAUGUAUCUUCUCCGUCGCGUCGCAUCAGGCGUCUUCACCCAACAACCCCUGCGGCAACUUGCACCCAUCAAGUCGACGACUGCUCGCGUGACCUACAUCCAGCCCAUCACAUCGCGAUCAUUCCACCAGUCGCAAUUAUGGCUGGCCGAAGGCGACGCCAAGAGGGUCGAGGAGGCAUCUCCCGCCGAUGCGCAGACGUCCGGGGAGACGGUGACGACGGGAGAUACUGCGAGGACUGAUGCGGUAGAAGCAGACCGACAGCUGGAGAGCAACGAAGUCAGGGAGGAGAGCAUUGCCACAUCCGACGUCGCAGAUGCGGCCCACCAGACCAGCUACGAGCAGCCCUCCACAGCUCAGGAUGCCGUGUCAGAGUCUUCGGGCACGACCUCCGCGCCAGUCGGCUCGUCUGAAGCACAGCCCCAGCGAUCCUCGCGUCGGCAGGAGUCUGUCAUUGGUCAAGCACAGGAGUUCGCCUCCUCCGCCGCCCAGACCGCCCAAUCCGCCGUCUCAUCCGCCACACAAGCCGCCCGCAACGCCUUCGGAUCCCAGCAGAGCCAGCAGCACUCCCAAGACUUCGCCCCUCGUGCGCCCGCUGCAAUGGCACCCGGUGGAGCCGCCUCCGCAGGUCUGGGCCGAACCUCCAACCCUCCCUCCCGCAUCCUCUACAUCGGCAACCUCUUCUUCGAGGUCACCGCUCCACAACUGGAAGCCGAGUUCAAGCAAUUCGGCGACAUCACCAACUCCCGUAUCGUCACCGACAGCCGCGGUCUGAGCAAGGGUUUCGCGUACAUUGAGUUCUCCACGCAGCAAGCCGCCGAUCAGGCUGUGCAGGCGAAUGACCAGAAGGUCUUCCAGGGCCGGAGAAUGGCGGUGCAGUAUCAUGUGCGACGCGAGCCGAGGGCGCCGACGACGGGGAGGCCGCAUAGGGCUGUUAACCCGCCGAGUAAGACGCUGUUUAUUGGGAAUAUGUCUUAUCAGAUGAGUGAUCGGGAUCUAAACGACCUCUUCCGCGAGAUCAAAAACGUCCUGGACGUGCGCGUAGCCAUCGAUCGCCGAUCGGGGCAACCUCGAGGCUUUGCGCAUGCAGACUUCAUCGAUGUCCAGUCCGCAGAGCGGGCGAAGGAGCAUUUGGAGAAGAAGGUUAUUUAUGGACGACAGUUGAAGAUUGACUUUUCGUCUUCCGGCACGAGCUCGACGACGAGGGAGGAGUCGUAAGCACUUCGACUACGCACUGUAUUGCGGCAAAUGGAUGGCAUGGUAUCAACCAGCAUGCCACAACGACCAAAUCCAGGAGCUGAAACUGUUGACGGAGAUGGCCGAUCGUGAGCGCUUCGUCACGGUAGGGUUCGCGUGCCCUGGCGUGGAAGGUUAACUAUGGGAUGCAUGGCGAGGCGGAGGAAGCUGAGGCUACUGUUGGCGACGGAGAGUAAGUGUGAGGAUGGCAUUCUGUGUAUGUAUGUGAGUGUAUUAUAACAGACAGCGGCGCCUGCAGGCGGU